AUGGCGGCCUGUCCCCUCCGAAUUCCGCAGGAUUCAUUCUUCAAGCCGUGUCCGAUACUGGAGCAGAGCAGAAGAACUGCAGGAAAAAUGCUCGUAUCAGACCUGGAUCAUCCGAUUCCGUUCCCGCUCGAGAGGAUUCCAAUCGAUGCGGCACAAUUUCAGUCGUUUAAAAGGGAUGAGUUUCUACGCUUCACUUGUUCUCUUGGCAACAAUGGCGAUGGUUUCGUUCGUUGCUUUCGCGAAGCCGCAGCCAUCACCUUGGAAUGCAAUUCGGGGCUAAUUACCCGUCAGCAAUAG